AUGACCGAUUUGUCUCAUUCACUUUUUGAAGUACACAUACUCUCGGAUAUAAAUCCGAGAUUUCCGCAUUUAUUUAGUGUUCAAUUUUAUCCAGAAUAUUAUGCUGGAUCAUGUGACACAGAAAAUUUAUUUCAAAUAUUGCUCUAUAUUUUUCAAUCAUAUAAAUCAACUAAACCAAUUAAUGCUGAAAAAUAUUUAGUUGAACAAUUAACAAAACGUGUUAGUGAUGCUAAUGCACCACCACCAGCAUUUUGUGGUGAUUGUUUAAAUUGUGGACAAGAAGGAGAAAUUGAUUAUGCAGAACGACAAGCAAUUAAAACUAUGAAAGAACAAUAUAUCAAAACGAUAUUAAUCAAUCCAAAUUAUAAUAUAGCUAGAACAUCAAUCAAUCUCGCAAAUAAAGUACUAUGA